AUGACAGAUAACCGAAGGUUUUUUUCGCCACAAACACGUGGUGUGAGUGAACGACAAGAGAUAGUCGGAUUCGAUCUGUUCGAUCCGAUUCUUCCACUAUUGAAUCCCGCACCUGCACUAGAGACGAUGAGUGACGAAGAAAUUGCUCGACAACAACAAGCAAAUCUUUACGAAACUGAACCCAUGGACAUUUCAGAACCAGUCGAAUACAUUCGUCUUCCGUUUAAUCUUCGUCAACGAUUUGAUACUGAUGCUGACGAAGCUUAUGCUCGCGAACUUCAACGAGAAGAAUAUUCUCGACGAAGUCUCGAUCCCUCUCGAUCAUACAGAGGUUCAUCAACUACUAAAAGAACACCUUCGCAUGUUGCAUCGAUCCUCAGUGAUGCGCAAUUAGCUGAACAUUUACAAGCUGAAGAAAACCAACGAGGACAAAGACAUCAACAACGACCUAACCAUUACGCACGACGACAACAAAGUGCAAGGCUUGAACCUACUGAACCUGAGAUAAUAUCAAUGCCAAGACCAAUAGAAAGACCGACAGUUCGUCGUCCGGCAAGAAGUAAUGAUCUUACUGGCAAUAUCACCAACCUUUUCAGUUCCGUCGCAGCGGCUAAUCGACAGCGUUUUCCAGGACGACGAAAUCAUGAUAUUCAGGGUACUGCAGAUGACUUUGGUCCUGAUGAUUAUGAAAGAUUACUUGACCUCGAUAGAAAUGUUCCAACCAAAAAAUUAACUUCGGAACAGAUUAAUGUUCUACCAACUGAAGUAUUUCAAGGUGCGAAGAAUAAAAAUGACGAAGAAAAUAAGUGUAGUGUGUGUUGGGAUGACUUCGAACAGAAUCAAACAUUACGUCGACUACGUUGUUUUCAUCUAUAUCAUAAAGAGUGCAUAGAUAAAUGGUUACAAGACAAAAAUCAAUGUCCAAUCUGUCGUAUACCUCCUAUUGUAUAA